AUGGCGGUCGACAAAAGUUUUCGAAAUGUCGUACACUUGGGGUUCGCGUUCAUGCUCAUUUUCACCGCUUUUCAGACCAUGGGUAACAUACAGAAAACAAUCUUGGACAGCGUUCACCAAGAAGACAACAGUUUCAAUGGAGAUGGUUACGUGAGUUUGGCCAUAAUUUACGCAGUCAUGUCGAUUUGCAACUGGCUUGCGCCGUCUGCAAUAAACAUGACCGGCCCCAGAUUCGCAAUGUUCUAUGGCGGACUUACAUAUUUGUUUUUCAUAAUGACCUUUUUGAUACCGAAAGAAUGGCUGCUGUAUUUUGCCAGCUCGGUCAUCGGUACAGGGGCGGCUCUAAUAUGGACCGGACAGGGGAAUUAUUUGACCUUGAACUCCUCGAAGGCUACUAUGUCGAGAAACUCCGGGGUUUUUUGGGCCAUGCUGCAAUUUAGCAUGUUUGUUGGCAAUUUGUUCGUAUUUAUAAAAUUCAAAGGCCAGGACAAGAUCGACGAGGCCAGCAGGACUGUGGUGAUAUGGACGCUUUCAGGAAUUUCGGUCGCAGGACUGGUAGUGGUGGCGCUGUUGCCACGUGCACCCAAAACCGACCAAUCGGAGAACGAUAACGAAUUGCCGAUGGAAGAGACCCAUGAUGGGCCCGUGCAAACUUUGAAGAAAGCAGUGAAUCUUUUUUGCACGAAAAACAUGCUUUUGUUGAGCGUUACUUUUUGUUAUACUGGUCUUUCGCUGGGUUUCUUCAGUGGCGUGUACGGGUCGUGUUUGGGCUUCACUAAAAGCUUCGCGGACCGCAAAGAACUGGUCGGACUUUCUGGGAUCUUCAUCGGGGUUGGCGAAGUGCUGGGCGGGGCUACGUUCGGUAUCCUAGGCGCUAAAACCAACAAGUGGGGAAGAGAUCCCAUCGUCAUAGGAGGAUUUAUUUUGCACACAGUCGCCUACUUCCUGAUUUUCUUGAAUCUUCCAAACAGUUCGCCUUUUGGCGAUACCAACGAGAAGGCUUUUAUUACGAGCAUCAAGGCGGUAGCGCUGUUUUGUUCGUUUUUGCUGGGGCUUGGUGACGCGUGUUACAACACUCAAAUAUACUCAAUUUUGGGUGGAGUUUACUCGAAAAAUAGCGCGGCUGCUUUUGCUAUAUUCAAGUUUACACAAUCUGUUGCUGCAGCUAUUUGCUUUGGUUACGCCUCAGCAGUGGCCCUCUAUGGACAAUUGGGGGUACUUCUGGUACUUGCAAUUCUAGGUACAGUCAGUUUUGUAAUGGUGGAAUGGACAAUUAAAAGGGAAGCCAGUAAAAGAUCGUCCAAUACGUCGAUUAACAGCCAGGACAGUAGCAAUAGUCAAAACGAUUUGGAAUCGUAA